CUCGCGGAGUGGCGGCGGGAACCGGGUUCGCGGCUGCGGCCCCGCGGAACCGGCCCCGUCGCCGGUGGGGGGGGCGGUUGCGGGAGCCCAGUGCCGCCUCCGCGGCUCGCGGGGGGUUCCGCGGGACCGGCGGCAGCGCAGCGCCGUGCUGCCGGUGCGGCGGUUACCGCCCGCGCGGCUGAAUGGGGCCCCAGGCGCGGGCAGCGUCCCGGGGCCGGGACUCGGGGCCCGUGUUCGGCGGGGUCGCUCCCGAGAUCAUCGAGGACGCGCUGAUCCGCCUGGCCACGGAGAACGAGCGGCACCUGAGCGAGCUGCCGGGCCGGGCCGGGUUCUUCAAGGAGACGCGGAUCAAUUUAUAUUCCUUUUGUCUGAAAAAUGGCACUUGGACCACUCCGCAAGGUACCAAGCAGUGGAGUUACUUGAAAGCAGAAGAGAUCUGUUUUCUGAGCAGUUGUGGGUUUUGUAGGUUUAUGAUCAAGCAAGUAGAACAAAUCUGUAAGUCCUCCAGAGGGAACCAUGAACAAGGACAAGGGAGCAGCUGGAGCUCUCUGAGCAAUCAGAUAUAUGACACGUUUGUCCUGCGACUUGUGUCGUGCGUUCAGCUUGCAAGCAAAGUUUCCUUACACUAUAAUAUAGUUAACAGUGACAUGGCUUUAAAAUUUCUGCAAUCCUUAAAGUACUGCUACACUAAGCAGGAAUUGCUUGAGUCGGAGCUUGCAGUUCUAAAAACUCUGCACUUCCAGAUCAACGUGUCAACUCCUUUGGCUUACGUGGAAUUGCUUCUAGAGGUUUUAGGACACAACGGCUGCUUGCUUCCUGCAAAACCAUUACAUCAGAUGUGUAUGCAACUAUUAGACUUCUCCUAUCUUACAAGAGAUACCAUCUACAACACUUUGUUGAAGAUUGCCAUCGAAAAUUCAACACCAAGCAAACUGCAGGUAGCAAAGUUUUUGACAGUAAAGGAAGAUUUCAUGCUCCUGGCUGUUGGAAUCAUCAGUACAAGUGUGUUCGUACUAAACCCUGAGCACUGGAAGCAGGUUGUGGAGCAUUUAAACUCUAUCACUGGUAUUACUUCACAAAGUAUCUUAGAACUUUCUUACGCAGUACUGAAACACAUCAUUGGCAGUACCACUCCAAAGCAGCACUAUAGGAACUGUGGAACAAAAGCUCCAGAGAACAGAAUUCUACCUCUUAAAUAGAACCAUCUUCUACAGCCAGUCACUAGUGUAUCAGUAGCAAACUGUUACGCUGCUGGUGAUAGUUCAUCUGUGAUGCACAGGGCACCCAGCACAGUUUGGUUUUACUUUUGAACAGCAGGUGUUCUGUAACAUUUCACAUGUUACGUGCUAAUUAGAAAAGCUCAUCCUUUCAGGCAAUGCUCUAGUGUGGAGAAGGGAGGCACACAGGAGCAAAGUAGCAUUCAGAAAUACAAUAAAGCUUUUGGUGCUGAAAGAGGUAAGAGCUACAUCUUCUAAGUUAGGAAUCUAAGUUUCCUUUGAGUAAAGAGAAAACUCUAAAAGUCAUGUUUUGAAAAGGCAUUAAUGUGCAGGGUAUUCUGCCUGGUACUUUGUAUUGCUAUAAGCAGUCCAGUCACUACAACCAGGGCUGUGCUUUCUCCACUACCUGCUUUUUAAAAAAUUACCGUCUCAGGCAGCCUGCUUGUUCCUGUUUUCCUCUCUGCCAGUGCUCAGAGCCUGUUUGCUCUUACCCAAAUAAAGCCAGACAGUUGGGCGCUGUUGUGAAAAGCACAGAACCCCACCGGUUUUGAAAGCGAUGGGGUUGUUGCAAGAGCAGGUGCCUGUUCAGCCCGGCCACGUACGGGCCAGGGGCUGCUCAUGCUGGGUCUGGCCCACGCCAGACGAAAGCACGCUGCCCAUACAACAGUGUUUUGUUACUUAAUCAGUGCAGC